AGAGAUAACGGGCCGUGCUCAGGGCCACUGUGCAGACUGAGUGCGGGGGUGGGGGUGCGCCAGCAGCUUCCCUGGGCUGGGGGAGCGGCCGCUGGCGGCCGUUGCUGCAGGUGGGGAGCUGGAGGCAUGUGGUCGGAAGCCUAGACUCACACUGGGCUUCUUACACUGGGGUUUCGGCCCUGUCCGUUACUGCGCCUGCCGCCGUGCACUCCCAGCCUUGCCCUCGGCUGACAUUCUUGCAAGCCAGUGUGGAGGGACUCCUGACGGGGCUGUGAGCUUGGGUGCUUGAAAAGUUUGACUCAAAUAUGGAUAUCAGACCAAAUCACACAAUUUAUAUCAAUAAUAUGAAUGACAAAAUUAAAAAAGAAGAACUAAAGAGAUCCCUGUAUGCCCUGUUUUCUCAGUUUGGCCAUGUGGUAGAUAUUGUGGCUCUAAAGACCAUGAAGAUGAGGGGACAAGCUUUUGUUAUAUUUAAGGAGCUUGGUUCAUCCACUAAUGCCUUAAGGCAGUUACAAGGAUUUCCAUUUUAUGGUAAACCAAUGCGAAUCCAGUAUGCAAAAACAGAUUCUGAUAUAAUAUCCAAGAUGCGUGGCACAUUUGCUGACAAAGAAAAGAAAAAAGAAAAGAAAAAAGCCAAAACUGUGGAGCAGACUGCAGCAAUUGCAAACAAGAAGCCUGGUCUGGGAACACCAAAUUCAGCCAAUACCCAAGGAAAUUCAGCACAAAAUCCUCAGGUUCCUGAUUACCCUCCAAACUAUAUUUUAUUCCUUAAUAAUUUACCAGAAGAGACUAAUGAGAUGAUGUUAUCCAUGCUGUUUAAUCAAUUCCCUGGUUUUAAAGAAGUACGUUUGGUACCUGGAAGACAUGACAUUGCUUUUGUUGAAUUUGAAAAUGAUGGUCAGGCUGGAGCUGCCCGGGAUGCCUUACAGGGAUUUAAGAUCACACCAUCCCAUGCCAUGAAGAUUACCUAUGCCAAGAAAUAACAUUUGAGAUUAUUGUCUUUAAAGGACUCGGUGUUAUUUAUAGUGGGGUUUUGUUUUGUUUUGUUUUGUUUUUUGAUAACAUUUACCCUGGGCAUUGUGAUAAUUGGAGAUGGACGAGGAAGGAAAAGUGAAAUUUUUGUGGAGUUAAAAUUACCUAGUCUUUUGAGGUUGAAAAUGUGUAUGGCCUUAGUUUUAUACAAUAAACCUUUAUUUGUAUUCCAUGUA